AUGACCAUUUUCUACUCUGGAGCCCUGGUGCGCCAGCUCUUCCACGGCCUUCACUACCGGGAAGCCGAAGGCCCAAGGAAGAUUUGCAGCCGCCUGUGGGAGCUCUGCCGGCGCUGGCUGGAGCCCCAGAGCUGCAGCAAGGAGCAGAUCCUGGAGCUGGUGGUGCUGGAACAGUUGCUGGCCAUCCUGCCCCAGGACAUGCAGAGCUGGGUGCGCAGGUCCCGCGUGGCGACCUGCACUCAGGCUGUGGCCCUGGCCGAGGGGUUUCAGCUGGUACAGGUGGAGGACGAGAAGCUCCAGGUCACAGUGCAUGUGAAGGUCGAGGAGGUGUCCUCAGACAAGAUGCAGCCCACUGGUGCUCUGCUGGAGCCUGGUGAUUCCUGGGUGCAGCAGCCAAAGGCUCGUUGUGAGGACAGGCCUCUGGUGGAGGCAGGAGAGAGAGAAACCCCAGGGCCCGAGGACAAGCUGCCUCAUGUCGCCAAAGAGGAGCCUCCACUUAACCUGGAGCCAGGUGCUGGGACCCUGAGCAGAGCAGAUCAGCAGCCUCCCAAGGAAGGGCCUGUCAACCUGGAGCUGCAGAGACCCUCUGCAGGGAAACGGGGACAGAGCAGCUCCCUGACACCUGGGCCAGGCCAGCUGCAGAAGGGGCAGGGCAGGCCUGCAAAGCAGGGGGAGAGCAUGGAGCUCCGGGAGGUGUUUGAGGACGUGGCAGUGUAUUUCACAUGGGAGGAGUGGGAGCUGCUGGAAGAGGAAGACAAGGAGCUUUACCGGGACCAGAUGCUGAAGAACUACCAAGCCCUUGUUUUCCUAGGACAUGCCUGGUUGCUGAGCAGAAGUGAGGAGCAGGCUCCUGAGGAAGGGCCUGGAAAGCUGGAGCCAGCCUGGGCUUCCCUGGGGAGUAUGGGUGAGGUGGAUUCCCUGAGCCCAGCGAAGGACCAAUGGCACAAGGAUCAGGGGAUGCCCCAGAAGCAGGAGACUGUAGCAAUGAAUGCGGUCCCAUCUCUAGUUGGGCAUUGGAGUGAAGAAGGGAAAGAAGCCAGAAAAAGCCCAAGGUGCAAGGAAGAAUAUGUCAUGCUGAGGCACCUGAAGAGGCAGAAAGCAAAGGUCCACUGCAGAGAGAGACUAGAUGCAAACCAAGUCAGUAUGGGGGGCCUCAAAGGGAAGCAAGAACUCACUACUAAGCCCAGGGGGAGAGCCCACCCCUGCCCUCAGUGCAGGGAAAGUUUUAGCUGCCCCUCACUCCUGACUCUGCACAAGAUAAGGCACUCUGGGGAGAAGCCCCAUGUAUGUGCCAAGUGUGGGAACAGUUUCACCUGCCUCUCGACCCUGGCUGCUCACCGCCAGAUCCAUUCUGGACAGCUCCCCCACCGCUUCACCAAAAGGGGGAAGAGCUUUGUGCGCAGCUUGGAGCUGUUCAAAACCCAGGAUGUGCACAGGAAGAAGUGUCAGUACCGCUGUGUCACAUGUGGUAAGACCUUCACCCAUUUCUUCUCCCUGGUUCAGCACCGUCGGAUGCACUUGGGAAGGAAGGCACACCGCUGCACCAAGUGCAGGAAGAACUUCAUCAGCUGGCAAGGCCUGUUGUACCACCAGUGUGUGCAGAGGGGGCAGCAGCCACACUGCUGCACCAAGUGUGGGAAGAGCUUCAGGCAGCUCUCCAGCCUGACCAAGCAGAGGUGCAUGCACACAAGGGAGAAGCCAUAUCAGUGCUCUGAGUGUGGGAAGAGCUUCACCUACCACUCCCACCUGGCCAAGCACCAACAUGUCUACACAGGGGAGACGCCAUAUCAGUGCUCUGAGUGUGGGAAGAGUUUCAGCAUCCCCUUCUGCCUGGCCCGGCACCAGCGCAUCCACACAGGAGAGAAGCCACAUCAGUGCUCUGUGUGUGGGAAGAGCUUCACCCAGUCCUCCACCCUGGCCCGGCACCAGCGCAUCCACACCGGGGAGAAGCCAUAUCUGUGCUCUGACUGUGGGAAGAGCUUCACUCGGUCCUCCUACCUGGCCCAUCACCAGCGCAUCCACAAAGGGAGAAGCCACAUCGUUGCUUUUAGUGUAGGAAGAGCUUCACCUACUCCUCCAGCCUGUUUUGAACACCAGUGAGUCUACACAGGGGAGAAGCUACAUGGGUGCUCUGAGUAUUGGAAAGGCUUCACCCAUCUCUCCCACCCAUCCUGGAAUCAGCACAUCCACACUCAGAAGCAUCCCUAAUUCUGCCAGCAGUGCAGGAAGGGCUUGGAGAUGUCUGCCUGCUCAGCACCCACCAGUGGCCGCAUUCAGACAAGCACCCUCAUGCUGGUGGACUGCAGAAAGAGUUCCCCCAGGCUUUGUCCCUUGUAGGGUACAGUGGGAGUCCAGAGCCCAGAGGCUGGCCCCCAAGGUACAAUUGUCAGCGGGGGGGUGUUAAGAGGAAACACCUCAGACAGAGGUCAGCCCCGAUGUGGGGUGAGGAGGAGAUGAUCUUUGCAUCAACCUUGGAGCCUGUGCAUUCCCCAUCAUUCUCUAAAAGUACUCCCAGGGGAAGAAGUGCCUUCAUGCUAGGGUGCCCUCCCCCAGACAGCUGACUUCAAGUGACACCCGGGGACUUUUCUUGGCUGCCUCCCAGCUUUCUCCUUCCUCUCAGUCCAGGGGUUCUGGUAUAUGAGCCCCUGAGUUGCAGGGAGGAGUGCAUUUAUGGCUGGGGAAGCAUUCCCUACCCUCCUCCCUGACCUCACCUUUCCUCACCACCACAUCUCCCCUCUCCCAGACCUGCCCAUGCCCAGUGGGCUCUGCAAGGAGUUGCUUCUGCCACUCCUGGAGCCUUUUUGGCCUGUUUUGCUUUUCAGCCUCUGCAGAGUUGUGCACCACAGGGUGUGUGCUGCUCCCCUGCCCUCCUCCCCUUCAUUGUAUUCUCUCUCAUGCAUUCCCUGCUACUAAAGCCCCAGAACUGAGCAUA